AUGUUUCAGCCUCUGCUACAAUGGUGCAUUGUUCUUCUAAUAGGAGUUAAUGCUUAUGCUUUACCUUACGAUCACACGGCUUCCGUUGAGUGCUUGGCAGAACCACAUAGAGCUCAAUAUAAUGGAGGAAUAAUUAAGAAUCCAGAGUUGAAUUAUGGAUUAAAAGGAUGGUCCAAAUUUGGAAAUUCAACAGUAGAGCACAGACAAUUAAGAAGCAACAAUUUUAUUGUAGCUCAUAAUAGAGUUAAUUCACAUGACAGCUUCUCUCAGGAUGUUUCUCUUCUGAAGGACAUGUUUUACACAUUUUCCGCAUGGAUACAAGUAACCAGGGCAAGUGCUACAGUAAAAGCUGUAUUCAAAACAAAGAACGGUUACCAAUUUGCUGGUGAUGUUAUUGCUAAGCCCAGUUGCUGGUCCAUGAUUAAAGGUGGGCUAACUGUAGAUGAAUCAGGCCCAGCCCAACUCUAUUUUGAGAGUGAUGACACAUCAGUUGAGAUAUGGGUGGAUAGCAUCUCAUUACAGCCAUUCACUGAGCAAGAGUGGACAUCUCAUCAAGAUCAAAGCAUUGAAAAGAAUCGCAAGGAAAAAGUGAGAAUUCAAGCAGUGGAUAAACAGGGAAACAUUUUACCAAAUACAAAAAUCUCCAUAGAACAAAAGAAAGUAAGCUUCCCAUUCGGAUGUGCAAUAAACAAAAACAUUCUCUCAAAUCCACCUUAUCAAAAAUGGUUCACUUCAAGAUUUACCGUUACGGUUUUCGAAAACGAAAUGAAAUGGUACAGCACGGAAAUAACCCGAGGCAAAAUAGAUUACGCCGUGCCCGAUUCCAUGAUGCAAUUCGCCAAGAGCAACAAUAUCGCGGUCCGUGGCCAUAACGUGUUAUGGGACGAUCCGACCCGUCAACCAAGUUGGGUCAACGCCCUUUCGCCGACCGAUUUAAAUAAAGCCGUUGUCGACCGGGUAAAUUCGGUCAUGACCAAGUAUAAAGGACAAUUGAUUGGUUGGGAUGUGGUGAAUGAGAACAUGAAUUAUAAUUACUUUGAGAGCAAGUUAGGGCAAAAUGCUUCUUCAUUUUUGUAUAACUUGGCUAGCAAGGCAGAUGGGGGCGCUACAUUGUUUUUAAAUGACUAUAAUACCAUUGAGAAUAGUGGAGGGGGGGCUUCGUCACCGGCUAAUUAUAUUCAAAAAUUGAAUUUGAUUAAGGGCUAUCCUGGAAAUGGACUUUUGAAAAUGGGGAUCGGACUUGAAUCUCAUUUUAGUACUCCAAAUAUUCCUUAUGUUAGAGCUUCUAUUGAUACUCUUGCUGCUACAAAUGCUGCUGUUUGGCUUACAGAAGUUGAUGUUCAAAGUGGCCCCGAUCAGGCAAAAUACUUGGAGCAAAUUUUAAGAGAAGCACAUUCUCAUCCGAAAGUUGCCGGAAUCGUAUUAUGGUCAGCAUGGAGCUCGACAGGAUGCUACCGUAUGUGUUUGACCGACAACAAUUUCAAGAAUUUGCCUACCGGAGAUGUCGUCGAUAAGCUAUUAGGAGAAUGGGGCGGUAAGCCAAUUGAAGGCACGACUGAUAGUAAUGGAAUCUUUGAAACUUCACUUUUCCAUGGAGAUUACAUUGUGAAGAUGACAAACCCUAAUUCUUUGACUAACCUUAAGGUUUCUUCUUCAACUAAUAAUGGUGAAGAUAAAAAGCCAUUGUUUCUCCAAGUUAAAGUUUGAGUAUGAAUUCUAAUUGUUGUUGCUAAAUUUUGUAGCUAUUUGGGAUAUUUUCAUUUAAAUCGAAAAAUUUGGUUAAUUAUCAUUAAGGUGUUCGAUCCUUUAAUU